AUGUCGUUCCAAAACUUCGAAACUUUCCAAAACCAGCACGGAGCUACCGACUCUGCUGCUACCGGAACCGGUGCUCCUGCGACCGCGGACUCUGCCAUGCCCGGACAAUCAGAUCCCUCUCCUGCGCCGUUCCAGGGCAAUGCUUCUGGUGAGCCUGCACCCAGCUCGGCUCAGCAGGGCGGUGAGGCCAAAACCACUCUCUGGAUGGGUGAGCUUGAGCCUUGGAUUGAUGAGAACUUCAUCCGCAAUCUCUGGUUCCAGAUGGGUGAGCAGGUUAACGUCAAGAUGAUCCGCGACAAAUUCUCUGGUAACGCUGGGUACUGCUUCGUCGACUUCACUACCCCGGCCGCCGCAGCUAAGGCUCUGACCCUGAGCGGAACUCCCAUUCCCAACACUUCCCGUACCUUCAAGCUCAACUGGGCUUCUGGUGGUGGUUUAGCCGAUCGCAGCCGUGAGGAGCGUGGUCCUGAGUUCUCCAUCUUCGUUGGUGACCUUGGCCCAGAGGUCAACGAAUACGUCCUUGUUUCGCUCUUCCAGAGCCGCUUCCCAUCUUGCAAAUCCGCUAAGAUCAUGACUGACCCCAUUAGUGGCAUGUCGCGCGGAUAUGGAUUCGUGCGCUUCUCUGACGAAACCGACCAGCAGCGCGCACUUACUGAGAUGCAAGGUGUUUAUUGUGGCAACCGCCCUAUGCGUAUUUCCACCGCUACUCCCAAGAACAAGGGCCCUGGCGCUGGACCUGGCGCAAUGGGUAUGCCUGGAGCUGGUCCCGCUGGUAUGUACCCUCCCAUGGGUGGCCCUCCAAUGGGGUACUACGGUGCUCCUCAGCCAAUGAACCAAUUCACAGAUCCCAACAACACCACCGUGUUCGUUGGUGGACUUUCCGGCUACGUUACCGAGGAUGAGCUCCGUUCUUUCUUCCAGGGCUUCGGCGAAAUCACCUACGUCAAGAUUCCACCAGGAAAAGGCUGCGGUUUUGUCCAAUUCGUCCAGCGCCACGCUGCUGAGAUGGCCAUCAACCAGAUGCAAGGAUAUCCAAUUGGAAACUCGCGUGUCAGGCUUAGCUGGGGUCGCUCUCAGAACAACUCUGGACCCGCUGGAACGCCUUACCGCCCCGCUCCUCCGCCUCCUAUGUACCCCUCCAUGGGUAUGCCACCCUCCCACUCAUACGGCGGUGGCUUCGCACCAAUGAAGCAGUAA